GGUCAGCCAGCCUCGGCAGUUGGACCCGCAACCUCGGGCCGUGAUUCCAAAAAUAAGGUUAUAGCACCUCCCAACUAUAGUAUAAAUACGACUGGAGACCCCCGCUACGUUGCGUUGUGCAGAAUCCUUCUAGCGCCCGACCAUAACCACCAUAAUGUCCCCAGUAUCCUCACCACCUACCACGCCGACUCAAGCGCGCACUCUCGCCGAGCAUAUCUCUGUGGAACAGAUCGGCCCCAAUGUCUUCCAAUCGCGCUACAAGCCCGAAAAGAUGGGCAACGCCGCCAAUAUCGCCUACGGCGGGUGCGCCCUGGGCGUCGCCGUCAACGCAGCCUGCCAGACCGUCCCUUCCCAGUAUCUCCUCUACUCGGUAACAGGACAAUUCCUUGCCCCCGUAUCAACCGAACGGACACUCACCUGCUCCGUCCGCCGCCUCCGAGAUACCCGGACAUUUGCCACGCGACAGGUAGAGAUCACGCAGGCGCAGACCGACAAGACCACCAGACUAUGCAUGAUCAUCCUCGCAGACUUCCAGAAGGAGGGCGAGCGAGCCAUGCUCAGCUACUCCACCCCGCCGGACCGGACAUACUCCCCGCCAGAGGCCUGCCGUACCCCGCAGGAGAUCGGCACCGACAUGGUCAAGCGCGGGGUCCUCACCGAGGAGGCCUUCUCGCAGUAUACCACGCUCUUCAGCCUCAUCGCCCGCUUCUUCGAGACGCGACAGACGCCCGAAGGCGUGUCAGGGCAGAACUUCAACGGGAUGGCCAAGGCCCACCCCACCGGCCAGGACGCUUUGCCCCUGACGGCCCGAACCUCGGCGGACUGGCUCCGCGUCCGCCACCCGAUGCACCGCCGCUCGGAGGAGUACGCGGGCCUGGCGUUCGUGCUGGAUGCGUUCCUGAGCUUUCUCCCGCUCGCGCAUAGUGGGAUGUUUCUGGAUGAUGCGGGCGCCUGCGCGUCGUUGGACUUCUCGAUGCGGGUGUUCGCGGCGGAGUGGGGGUUGGAGAACUGGCAUCUGCGCGAGUUGAAGACGGUGGCUGGCGCGGAUGGGCGGACGUAUACGGAGGCCAGGAUGUGGGAUCGGGGCGGGCGGUUGGUCGCGAAUAUGACGCAGCAGUGUAUCUUGAGGCCGAAGAGGGAGCUUAAGGCGGUACUUUGAGGGGUGAGUGCAUUUUUGCUGCCGGGCUCAUGGGACGAUAGGAUGUAGGGGAAAGGCGGACAGUUGGAUGAACAUAGAAGAUAGAGGUGUUGGAUCUCCUAUCCAAGAGCUGCAGAUACAGAGAUUGGACAUAAACCACAGGCCUGAAUCAUUAUGUUUAUACCUUCUGCUGACGUGAUGGAUAUCUGUAGAUAGUCAGGCUGUUCUUUAGGCCAUGUCAAUUGACAUCGUGGGCUUAUACUAGGGUUGGAUCUAUCAACCCUGCCGAUUUACCACCACCGCGCAAGUCGUCCUGAUUGAGUUUCUAUUCGGC